AUGUCAAAUAAAAUACACGAGUAUUUCGAUACCGCAUAUUCCCAAUGGAAUAUUCGCGAUUUUUUGGAUAAGUGUGAUUUAGAACCACUCGGACAGAAGACAGAUUGUUACGUUAGGUGUCUUAAGACCAUUGCUAAUCGCGGGACUGAUCGCAGGCGUGAAAAAGCACAGGAACUACUCAACAGAUCCUCUGACGUUCAAGGUUCCGAGCCGAGUCACGAAGCCAGUGUUGGAGCGCAUACGACUUACGAGGUCGUCUUACGUUCAAGGUUACGAGCCGAUCUGACACUGGCCCUGCUGGGGCAUCGUCAAUUAGCAAGAAGUUGGGAUAAAGAACGUUCUUAUAAGAAUAAAUCGGCCGAAUCUUCAGUUCACGUCCACCAUCCAACGUUUAUAGGAGGAGGGACUGUUAGUGGGAUUAUAAACUCUGAAACUUUCAUUUCCGGAUCAUCAGAAAAGGAUCAGAAAAAGGCACAG